UAAUAACUCCAUAUAUUUGAGUGCUAGUGUGUCUUAUAGUGCUGAAAAAGGCGUUAAAUAGGGAAAAAUAAGGCAAAAUAAGGUGGUGAGGCGGCCGCUGACUCAGAUCUUCACUUGUUUCCCGUGUUGACGAAAAUGGAGGAGGACUCGCAAAAUCAAGAUAUAUGCCGGGUGUGUCGGUGCGAGGGGAGCAGCGACCGCCCCCUCUUCCACCCCUGUAUCUGCACGGGCAGCAUCAAGUUCAUCCACCAAGACUGUCUGGUGCAGUGGCUCAGGUACUCACGCAAGGAAUACUGCGAGCUAUGUAAACACCGCUUCCACUUCACGCCAAUCUACUCACCAGACAUGCCGAAGAGGUUGCCCAUAGCAGACAUCCUCUCGGGUCUGGCGCGGAGCAUGGGCACGGCGGUGAGGUACUGGCUGCACUACACGCUGGUGGCUGUCGCCUGGCUGGGGGUUGUGCCGCUCACUGCCUGCAGGAUAUACCGGUGUCUCUUCACAGGCUCGGUCUCGUCAGUUCUCACCCUGCCCCUGGAUAUGCUGUCGACGGACAACCUGGUCUCGGACAUCUUCCACGGGUGCUUCGUGGUGACGUGUACACUGAGCGCCUUCAUCAGCCUGGUGUGGCUCAGGGAACAGAUCCUGCAUGGCGGGGGGCCGGACUGGCUCGACCAAGACAUAGCGCACGAGCAUGAACCUCCCGGAAACUUUGGUCUGCUGAAUGGCGGGAAUGGUCCAGUCGGUGGCCAGGCCGGUAAUGAAAACCCUCCACCCAUCGAGGGCCCCAACGACAACAUAGAAAUUCUCGAGGACCCCGCCCCCCACCAGGAAGUCCCUCCGCUACCCCCGAACCAGAACAUAGGCGAAGGGGACGGCGGGGAGCUCCUACACGAGGGUUUACCGGGGAACAACAACCUCGACCCAGGGGCUGCAGCGGACGACCUAAACUGGAACCCGAUAGAGUGGGACCGGGCAGCUGAGGAGCUGACCUGGGAGCGCCUGCUGGGCCUGGACGGGUCGCUGGUGUUCCUGGAGCAUGUGUUUUGGGUGGUCUCGCUGAAUACCAUGUUUAUUCUUGUUUUUGCCUUCUGCCCCUACCACAUCGGGCACUUCACAAUAGUGGGGUUCAAGCUCAAGGGGUGGGUGUCCGCGUCGCACUUUGAAGGCCUCCUGACGGCGCUGUGUGGCUACUGCAUGGUGGGGCUGUGUCUGGUGCUGCUACACACGCUGGCCGCUAUAUCCAGGCUCAACAGGCCGAAGCGAGUGUUGGGGCUGUGUUACGUGGUGGUGAAGGUUGCCCUGCUCAGCGUGGUGGAGAUAGGAGUGUUUCCCCUCAUUGGCGGCUGGUGGUUGGACAUCUGCUCCCUCUCACUCUUCGACGCCACACUUAAGGAUCGCGAGGUCAGUUUCAAGGCAGCUCCUGGCACCUCCAUGUUCAUCCACUGGCUGGUUGGAAUGGUGUAUGUCUUCUACUUCGCCUCCUUCAUCCUCCUGCUGCGGGAAGUGCUCAGGCCCGGCGUUCUCUGGUUCCUCAGAAAUCUAAAUGACCCGGACUUCAACCCAGUGCAGGAGAUGAUCCACCUCCCCAUCAUGCGACACACCCGGCGCUUCUUGGCCUCCAUGGUGAUCUUCGGGUGCACGGUGCUCCUCAUGCUGUGGCUGCCCAUCAAGAUCAUCCACGCCUACUGGCCCUCCUUCCUGCCAUACCACAUCACUCUCUCCAGCGACACGCCAGUGAGUGAGUUGUCGCUGGAGCUGCUGCUGCUUCAGGUGAUCCUCCCAGCCCUAUUGGAACAAGGCCACACCCGGGUCUGGCUCAAGCUGGUGGUACGACACUGGUGUGUGGCUGUGUCCCACCUACUGGGGCUCAGAUCGUACCUCCUGGGGGAUGUGGCUCUUGAUCCUCAGGUGGGUGAAGCAUUUGGCGGAGGAGUCGUGAUUGGUGGGGACACAGGAACACCAGGGGGCGGGGAGGCAGCCGCCCCCGCCGCUGAACCACAGGCGGCCGCAGCACCACCCCAAGAGGAGGCCGCCGUCGCAGAGGAGGAGCCGCCAGCAGACCCUAUAGUGGAGCCUGUGGUGGAGGAGGCCCGAGGUGCAGCGGCGGUGGUGGUGGCUGGUGGAGGAGUUGGUGGAGUCGGUGGUGUUGGGAUCAUCGGGGCUGGGGCUGCUGCCGAUGCCCUGGCGGGGGGUCUCGGGGCUGCCCACCAAGCCCUCCUGCAGCGGGAUGGCCCUACAGGGUUCCAGGCGUACGUUCGGCCACGUUGGUUUGGCCUGCGCAUCCUGGGCCUGGUGGUGGUGAUGUGCCUCAGCCUCACCGCAGCCUCCAUCAUCUGCCUCACCCUGCCCGUGCUGGUGGGGCGACACUGCAUGUACUUCGCCCUUGGGGACACUAAGGUGCACGAGCUGUAUGCCGGGGCAUGCGGGCUGUACCUGUGUCUUCUCAGCAUCCGUGGCAUCACCCUACUGGCCUCCUGGAUAAUGCUGGGCUGGUCGCAGGUCAUCCUUCGCCUCCAGCAGUGGGGCAUCAUGGGUCUGAAGGCUCUCAUCGCGCUAGUGGUGGUGGCAGUGGUGGUGCCCCUCAUGGUCGGGGUGUUAAUGGAGUUGGUCAUCGUGAUACCCCUGCGUGUGCCCCUCCACCAGACGCCCAUCCUCUUUCUCUGGCAGGACUGGGCGCUGGGGGUCCUGUACACCAAGAUCAUGUGUGCCCUGGUCAUGAUGGGCCCAAACUGGUGGCUCAAGACCAACCUGGAGCUGAUCUACUUGGGGGGGGUCCGGGGGCUUGACCUCAACCUCCUGGUGGGUCAGACGGCCCUCCCGGUGAUAGCCUGCCUCGGGGCCUGCCUCACGGUACCCUUCGUCACGGCCCACUCCAUCGCACCCUUCCUGGCACCCCCGAGUUCCCUGAUCAUGGUGGAGCGCCGCAUCUACCCUGCCCUGCUUAUCAUCACCCUGCUCUCCAGCCUUAUCAUCAUGCAGGUGGUUCAGUUCACCCGCCUCUAUGAGCACAUCAAGAACGACAAGUACCUGGUUGGCCGCCGGCUGGUCAACUACGAUCAUACCAACAGCCAGUCCCUUCCCCCGCCCCAGCCUGAGAGCGAGGUCGCCCCCUUCGUCAGGUGAAGGGGAAGAGGUGUAGCAGAAGGGGGUUGUGUAAGUUAUCCUCCCUCUUGUACUUUGCGCCUCCCCAGUCACCUCCUCUGUCUCUCGCUCUCGUCACCUCACUUCACAAACCACCACCAUGUUCCCUGUCGCAUCCCGUCAUGUGUCUGUAUAUAUAUCCAUGUAUAUGUAUGUAUCGUGCAUUGUAUCCCCUUCUUCCUCCUCCUCGAUUUCCGCGCCGACGUACGUAAACGCGCCGGCACGAUUCCGCAAGUGAGAAUUUACAAAUCUAACGUCGUAGGCCGGCUCGGUGGUUUCCUGGUCCUUACGUGCGGUGCCGGAGUACAUCUCGACUUGUCUCUAUAUCCUCUUGAGUCUCCUAAGUUCCUACCACCCCCAUAGCUACAGUGAAAGGCUCCUAAUGCCAUAGCCGGUAGGACUACGCCUCACGCUCUAGGUCCAUUCUCAUUGCAUUAGUCCAAGAGUCCUGGGUAUAAGAAGUGUAUGAAGUGUGCCGAGAGGGAUACAUAACGCACCUCCAGCUAAUGUGAUGUCGCGUGAUAACUGGUGUGCCAUUUACGAGAGAGAGAGAUUGAGGGAGAGAACGAAUGUGUCUGUCACCAGAAAAUGCUCAAUUCGCUAGCUAAGAAGCCUGGGUGAUGGGGUGUAUUUAGCAUAGAUGUGUGAUGUGGAAAUGAAAAACAAAUAGAAAAUCAAGGUAAUACAAGGAGAAAUGUGAAAUGAGGCUAGUGAUGUGGAAGGGAAAACAACAUCACAUCAUAAUAAUCAGUAAUGUGAAGUGAAGAUGAUGUGGAAGAAAUGAGAAGAGAAGAAAAGAAAAGAGAAGACAACAGAACAUCAUGAUAACCCAACCAGUGAAGAUGAUGACGUAGAAAUGAUAACAACAAAACAUCGUAAUAAUAAUGAUAAAUAAAGUGCAGUAAAAAUGAUGUUGAGGAAAAGAAAAGAGAGGAAAAGAGAAGACAACAGAACUUCAUGAUAACCCAACCAGUGAAGAUGAUGACGUAGAAAUGAUAACAACAAAACAUCGUAAUAAUAAUGAUAAAUAAAGUGCAAUAAAAAUGAUGUUGAGGAAAAGAAAAGAGAGAAAAAGAGAAAAAACAAAAAUCAUGAUAACUCAACCAGUGAAGAUGAUGAUGUAGAAAUUAUAAUAACACAAUAAAUAAUGAAUGCACAGUGAUGAAAAUGAUAGUGAAGAUGCAAAAGUAAUAACAAAAUAACGUCACACUAACACAACAAGUAACGAAUGCACAAUGACUAUGAUAAUGAUAAUAAUAAUAAUGAUGAUGAUGAUAGUUAUGAUGUCCAGGACUCCGCAUGCGACCCACCCACUGUUCAUGUUACCCUAUCGUCAAGUCAAAGAUCCUCCCAUGGUGUACAUAUGUAGAUACGAUCGUGUACGAGCCCCACCCGUCUCCCGCUUCCUGUUAAUAUAUUCCAAAGUGUGUGUAGAGUUUGUGGCUGUCGUGUGGGAGACCAGGGGCGAAUUGCGACUCUCCAGAGCAGACGAAACGCUGAUUACUAUAGCAAGUGUGUGGUGUAUUUUUGGGGUCCUCGCGCAAGGGUACUUUAUGUUACGACUGAUGAAGGAAAGUCGGAAAGGGAGAAGAGCUGCGGUUUGGUCCUAGUGUCGUUUAUUAACCGAGCUAAUGUGGACUUAACUUGGAGUGCUCUAGCAAGUGUGUGAUUGUAUUUUUUUAUUUUGGUCUCGCGCAAGAAAGAAAACUAUUAUAAUGUCAGUCAGAAAAAGAGAAGAGCUGGAGAUUGUUCAUACUCUUUGUUUAUUGACCAAGCUAAUGUACAUAAGAACGUAAGGAGUCCGACUUAACCUGGAGUACUCUAGCAAGUGUGUGGUGUUGGUAUUUUUCGAUUUUGGACCAGAAGAUAGAAAACGUAUAUUACAGUGACAGUCUGAAAAAGAGAAGAGCUGGAGAUUGUUCCUUAUUAUUGUUUAUCGAGCUAGCUAAUGUGGACUUAACAUGGAGUGCUCUGGCAAGUGUGUGGUGUUGGUAUUUUUCGAUUUAGGAUUCGUGCAAGAAAAAAAACUAUAUUAUAACGACAGUCGGAAGAAGAGAAGAGCUGGAGAUUGUUCAUACUACUGUUCAUUUAUUACACUGAUAUGGACCUAACUCGACCAACUAUAAUGACUGUGAUGUUUAUAUUUUUCAAUUUCAACUCAGCGUAAAAAACGAAGACUUAUUACGACAGUAGGAGAUCAGAAAAGGGGGAGAAUGUUCUUACUUGUGUUCAUUUAUUACACUGAUAUAGACUUAACACGACCUGCUAUAGCAACUGUGUGAUGUUUAUAUUCUUCAAUUUCAACUCAGCAUAGAAAACGAAGACUUAUUACGACAGUGGGAGGUCAGAAGAGGGGGAGAUUGUUCCUUAAUAUUGUUCAUUCAUUACACUGAUAUGGACUUAACUUGACCUACAUUAGCGACUGUGAUGUUUAUGUUUUUCAGUUUCGACUUGCUGUAAAAACAAAGACUUUUUACGACAGUGGGAGGUCAGAAGAGGGGGAGAUAGUUCUUAGUUAUGUUCUUUUAUUACAUUGAUGUGGACUUAACUCGACCUACCAUAGCGUCUGUGAUGUUUACAUAUUUCAGUCUCGAGCAAGAGAGCUUUUUAUUACAGUGACUGAGAGAGGAAAGUCGGAAAAGAGAGACAAGCUGCAGAUUGGCCCUAGUGUUUAUAUAGCAGCUGUUUAUUUAUCAUGCAGUGUUGUAAGGAGACAGGGCAGGACAGGAACCAUGCACAACCUAGCGAUCUGUAAAGCAUUGUAUCAUACUGGGGCGAGGACUGGUAUGUGUGGGAAGGUGUGCAUGUGUGUGUGUGUGUGUAUGUGAGGUAGAGUCUGUUUGCAAAGGUAUUAACUAGCAUGAUGUCCACACUUGAUACACACACACACACACACACACACACACAUACAUACACAUACAUACA